AUGGCAGCCUGUGUGAAGACCAAUAAGUCCCACAUCAUCUUCAAGAAGGUCUCUCGGGACAAGUCGGUGACUAUUUACCUGGGGAAGAGAGACUAUGUUGACCACGUCAGCCAAGUAGAGCCUGUAGAUGGUGUUGUGUUGGUGGAUCCCGAGCUUGUGAAGGGGAAGAAAGUGUAUGUCACUCUGACUUGCGCCUUCCGCUAUGGCCAAGAGGACAUUGAUGUGAUUGGCCUGACCUUCCGCAGGGACCUGUACUUUUCUCGGGUCCAGGUAUACCCUCCCGUUGGGGCCAUGAGUGCCCCUACCCAACUCCAGGAGAGCCUGCUCAAGAAACUGGGAGACAACACGUACCCAUUUCUGCUCACGUUUCCUGACUACCUACCCUGUUCGGUGAUGUUGCAGCCAGCUCCACAAGAUGUAGGGAAGAGCUGUGGGGUCGACUUUGAGGUCAAAGCAUUUGCCACAGACAUCACAGAUGGUGAAGAGGACAAGAUCCCCAAGAAGAGCUCUGUGCGGUUACUGAUCCGGAAAGUGCAGCAUGCCCCUCCUGAGAUGGGUCCCCAGCCCUGUGCUGAGGCAGCCUGGCAGUUCUUCAUGUCUGACAAGCCCCUGCAUCUCUCAGUCUCCCUCAGCAAAGAGAUAUAUUUCCAUGGGGAACCCAUCCCUGUAACUGUGACAGUGACCAAUAACACAGAGAAGACUGUGAAGAAGAUUAAAGUAUUAGUGGAACAAGUAGCCAAUGUGGUUCUUUACUCAAGUGAUUAUUACGUCAAGCCUGUGGCCGCAGAGGAGACACAAGAAAAAGUGCAGCCAAACAGCACUCUGACCAAGACACUGGUGCUGGUGCCCCUGCUGGCGAACAACAGAGAGAGGAGAGGCAUUGCACUGGAUGGGAAGAUCAAGCAUGAGGACACAAACCUGGCCUCCAGCACCAUUAUCAAGGAGGGCAUCGAUCGGACUGUCAUGGGCAUCCUGGUGUCCUACCAUAUCAAGGUGAAGCUCACAGUGUCAGGCUUUCUAGGAGAGCUCACAUCCAGUGAAGUGGCCACUGAGGUGCCGUUUCGUCUCAUGCACCCACAGCCCGAGGACCCAGCAAAGGAAAGUGUUCAGGAUGAAAAUUUGGUUUUUGAGGAGUUUGCUCGCCAAAAUCUGAAAGAUGGUGGAGAGAACACGGAAGUGAAGAAAGAUGAGGAGGCAGUCCAGGAUGAGUGAAGAGUUAGCCUAGUUACCUAGAAGUUUCUUGUAGUUCUGGGUGCCUUGAGCGAAGCCCCAGGAACCUUUCAGAGUUAUGCUAGAUGGAUAUGAAAGCCCAAGUGUUCCUCCCAGAAAUAAAGUCUGUGGACUCUCUGA